AAGUUUAUUAUAGUGGUUAUUUGUAAAGGUUUUCCAAGUUAGCUGAUAAAUUCAACAAGGACUGGAUAUUUCUUCAGGGUUCUGUAAUAUUCGCGGGGAGAAAAAAUGGCGGUUAGAUUCAAACAUGUGAAGCAGUCCGUCUCCCUUUCUUCAGAAUACGUUAACAAGUUCAUCAAAACCCAAAUUAACCUUUCAAAACCCACUCCAAAACUCUGGUCUGAUCAUGAUGAUGUUCAAUCUUUUGACCCAUACAACAAUGGUGUACAUAGUACAUUGACAUUGAGCCACCCCAUUUUGCGAAUUUUAGAUUCUUGCACCCCGAAAUUGAGACAAUUUAAUCAAGUUCAUGCCCAGCUCAUUGUUUCAGGUAUCUUUCAACACCCUUUAGCUGCAGGUCGAGUUAUGAUGAAGCUUUGUUCUUCACAAUCCACUUUUCCUCAUGCUGUAAAGAUUUUUGAGAAUCUUGAAUACCCAGAUGCUUUUAUUUGUAAUACAGUUAUGAAAUGUUAUGUGAAUUUCGAUGACCCGGAAAAGGGUUUGGUGUUUUAUUCUGAUCAGAUGGUUAAAAAUGGGAUCUUUCAGAAUCAUUAUACGUUUCCUAUAUUGGUUAAGGCUUGUGCUGAUUUGGGUAGGGUAAGAGAAGGGGAAAUGGUUCAUGCCCAUGUAGUGAAAUGUGGGUUUGAGUUGGAUUUGUAUACUAGGAAUGUUUUGAUUCAUAUGUAUUCAGUGUGUUGCCGUAUUCAUGAUGCAAGGAAGGUGUUUGAUUUAAGUUCUGACUUAGAUUUGGUGACUUGGAACACAAUGAUUGACGGGUACGUGAAAAAUGGAGAAGUGAAUCUUGCGCGUUAUGUUUUUGAUGUAAUGCCUGAAAGGGAUGUUUUUAGCUGGAAUUCCAUGUUAUCUGGAUAUGUGGGGAUCGGAGAUAUGGAGGCUGCAAAGUUGCUGUUCCAGGAGAUGCCUUUGAGGGAUACUGUUUCUUGGAAUUGUUUGCUUGAUGGAUAUUCUAGGACUGGAAACGUAGUAGCUGCCCAUGCUCUGUUUGAUCAAAUGGAUAAUCGGAAUGUAGUUUCUUGGACUACUUUAAUGGCUCUUUAUGUGCGGUUGAAGGACUAUACAGGAUGUUUGGGAUUGUUUGAUAUAAUGAUGCAAGGAAGAGAUAUUCAGCCAAAUGAGGCUAUCCUCAUGAGUGUUUUGACUGCUUGUGCACAUUUAGGGAGACUUGAUCGAGGAAAGUGGAUACAUUCCUAUAUAAGGUACAGUGGGAGGAUUAAGCCUGACAUGUUGCUUUCGACUGCCCUAUUGACAAUGUAUGCUAAGUGCGGUGAGAUGGAUUUGGCGAAGGAGGUAUUUGCUGGGAUGCCAGAGAAAAGUGUUGUCUCGUGGAACUCUAUGAUCAUGGGUUAUGGAACCCACGGGUACGGCGAGGAAGCACUUGAAACAUUCUUGGAGAUGGAAAAAAGUGGAGUGAGGCCUAAUGGUGCUACGUUCAUUUGUGUUUUAAGUGCAUGUACUCAUUCAGGGAUGGUAUUAGAAGGAUGGUGGUAUUUUGAUGUGAUGACUAGAGUUGAUAGGAUAGAGCCUAAAGUUGAGCACUACGGUUGCAUGAUUGAUCUUCUUGGGCGGGCUGGUUUGAUGAGAGAUUCUGAAGACCUCAUCAAGAAUAUGCCUAUGGACUCCGGACCUGCAUUAUGGGGAGCUUUGCUUUCAGCUUGCAAGACCCACUCAAAUCUGGAACUUGGUGAGAUCAUUGCCAAGAGAUUAAUUGAGAGGGAUCCAGAGGAUAUCGGAUCCUAUGUGCUUUUAUCCAACAUAUAUGCUGCACAAGAGAGAUGGGAUGAUGUGGAGCAGGUAAGAAAAACAAUGGUUGUAAACGGGAUUAGAAAGGAAGCAGGAUCUAGCCUAGUUCAAUUUGCAAACUCAGACAUGUCAUGUUUUCCAGAAAAUAUUUCAGUUCACAAGAGAGUUAUGAUGUCUUCCAUGUUGAGUGAGAUGGGAGCUCAGAUAAAAUGUCAGAGUGAAACGUGAUGGAAUGGAGGAACUUGAAUGUAAUGGAAUCCUUUGCAGAAGCAACAACAGGGACAUGGAUGCAAAAAGAGAUAUAGUGAAUUGAGGACAUCAAACUCGCGGAGCAAAACUACAACAACUUUUGAGCUAAGACUGUUUCUUUGCAUAUUCUGUUACAGCAGAAAAUCAAGCAUAGUGCAGCAAGUACAUUAUGCUUGUUUGACUGUCUACAACUGACCUGCAACUUUUGUGGUGGGACGAUGACUGACAAAUGGAAUAGAGAAAGUGAACGUCAUUGAUGUGGAAUUCUUGAAAGUUUAGAAUUUUAAAUUGGCUGAGAUAUCCUCAGGUUGAAGAAAAAACCACUAGUGGAUAACUUACAUAUUGCAGUGAAAUCUCAAAGUUGGCAGGAAAGGCAUCUGAAUAAGCUGAGUACUCUCAAGAUUUCCUACUUCGGUUUCUUUUUUUCCAUAAUAUCUCAGAAAAUUCUUCAGUUUGAGAUAGGUGAUGGAUUCUAAACACAUAUCUGUCUUCCGUUGUAUCUGUUUGUCUUUAACAACCACAGCUACCAUGAUUAAUGUUCCAUUUUUAGAGGUUAAUUUCGGUGGCUGUAUUCAGCAUGUGCUUUUAAUAGAUGUGCAGAAAUUUGCAGUUUAAUCUAAUGCAAGCAAUAUUUUAAGUUUGAAUGAUCAGAUUUGUGAUCUAAUUGAAGAACUUUGGUUUACACAUGAAAUAAUAUACUGUAGCAGUUAA